AUGGAGACUUACUCUGCCUCAUUAUCACCCAUUAUAUGUAAUGGCACAACUUUUAACCUAAAUGGAUCACAUUUGUGUAAUGAAAGCUUAUCUUCUAGAUUAGCUGAUAAAUCAGAAUACCAACAAUAUGUUAUUGGUCUUUUCUUAUCAUGUCUUUACACAAUAUUUCUUUUUCCCAUUGGUUUUGUAGGAAACAUUCUGAUAUUGGUUGUCAACAUAAGCUUUCGUGAAAAAAUGACUAUUCCAGACCUUUACUUCAUAAACCUUGCAGUAGCUGAUCUCAUUUUAGUUGCUGAUUCUCUUAUUGAGGUUUUUAAUCUUGAUGAAAAGUAUUACGAUAUCACUAUUAUUUGUACCUUUAUGUCUUUGUUCCUUCAGAUCAACAUGUAUAGCAGCAUUUUCUUUCUGACAUGGAUGAGUUUUGACAGAUACAUAGCACUGGCAAAAGUAAUGAGGUCCAACAUAUUUCGCACUAUGCAACACGCUAGAAUAAGCUGUGGUCUCAUAUGGAUGGCAUCUAUUUCUGCAGCACUAGUUCCAUUUACAGCUGUGCAUUUACAACACACCGGAGAGGUCUAUUUUUGUUUUGCAGAUGUAAAAGAAAUACAAUGGUUAGAAAUAACCUUGGGGUUUAUUAUACCCUUUGUGAUCAUCGGUCUUUGUUACUCACUAAUUGUUCGAGUCCUUAUAAAAGCCCACAAGCACAGGAGUCUUCGUCUGCGGCGACAGAAGGCUCUUCGAAUGAUUUUUGUUGUUGUCUUGGUUUUCUUUAUCUGCUGGCUACCUGAAAACGUCUUCAUUAGUGUUCAACUUCUUCAAAAGAAAAGCGAGCCUGUGUCUUCAAGCAGCCCAUCCUUCAGACAUGAUUAUCCUUUAACAGGACACAUUGUGAACCUAGCAGCUUUUUCUAAUAGCUGUUUGAACCCUUUAAUUUACAGUUUUCUAGGGGAAACCUUCAGAGACAAACUGCGACUGUACAUUGAACAGAAAACAAAAAUGUCAACAUUGCAUCGCUUUUGUCAGGCUGCCUUCACGUCUGUCAUUUCUGACAGUAAUGAGCAAUCAGAAGUCUGA